GAAAGAACAGCCCAACUGUCUCUCUCCGUCUGUCUCUGUCUCUCUCCAUCUGUCUCUGUCUCUCUCCGUCUCCCCAACAGGACACACAACAAACACGAGCUUCACCCUGACCUCAGAAUGACUCCUGGACCAGUCAUGGUCCAGUCACAUCAACACUGUGGUGAAAACCCCAGCAGCGUCUCCACCACCUCAGACACUUGAGAGACUUUAGACUGCCCUCCAAGGUUCUUUUACUCCUGCACCAUAGAGAACAUCCUGACGGGAAUUAUCAGAUUUUCUGUCAUGGUCCUUGGGAACACCAUGAAUUCCCACAAGACCUUUCUGGAUUAUCUCAUGAUUUCACAAAAACUUUAUGAAGUGUUUUCAUUGGAUGACAGUGAUGUCAUCAUUGCUUUUGUCCCGAUUGUGUCUCGAGCUGGAACUGACAUUUCAGCUGCGAUGGAGAAGAUUCCAGAGGGGAAGCCUGUUGUUCUCGUGGUGCUCCAUCACACUUUCGAUCAGUAUUACAUCGCUCCAGACAGCAGACUCUGUGUAAAAAGGGAAGGAGUGUUUGUUGUAGACUGUCUCUUUUAUGAAGAUCAGGGGUUACUGAAAUGCCAACGCAAUGAUGAAGCGAUCAGAGCCGUGAAGGAGCACCUGACUGGAGAGAAACAUCCUGAGAACGGCGAGCAGAAACCACUGGUACAGAGGGGAACUCAUCAGGAAGAACAACCCCUACAACUGGCGGAUCGUGAACAUUACUUUAGGAAAUUUGUUGUUGUGUGUCUUGUCUGUUUUGUUCUGAUUAUUAUUGCGAGUAUUGCUGUGGGGAUUCCAGUGGGUGUUGUUAAAAACACUGCUGCAGGUACUGGUGCAGGGUUCGGUGUGGCUGCUGUUGUGACCAUUCCUGUGAUCAUUUUCUUGGUUAAAUAUCACAAAGCACAAAAACAAUUGUACUUGCCACAAUCCUCUUGUUAAAACUGCCUUGAUUAAUGAUGAAGUUCAUGUUAAAAAAAAUAAUAAUAAUAAUGCAUGAAGUUUUAUUUCACACCUUGAGCCAGAUGUGUAUCGCUAAUAUAAUGAUUUACACCUAAAGACUGCGUUAGUGUUACACAGUGUGUUUGUAGUUUUAUAAAGAUUAUGAAGAAUAUAGCAUAUAUAAAUAAAAAUAUCACGUGUGUGUGUGUGUGUGUGUGUGUGUGUGUGUCUCAGCACUGAUGUGAAUUGAAAUAUGACAUGACAGGUUUGGAAGAAAAGAAGGAGAGAGAGACAAAAAAAACUAUAUAUAGUGUCGUGUUACUUUUUUCAUGCCGACGUCUUUUAUUAAUGCUGCAUGUUUAAAUUAACAAUUUAGUUGUUAAGAUGAACAAGGUAUUUAUAAGGCUUAUUUAAAAAAAAAAAUCGUUCAGGGCUGCAUUACUUUUUUAUUUAUUUAUUUUUUACUAUAGAAUCUCCAGAUGGUUUGGAAAUGGUUUUGUAUCUAUUUCCAGAUUGAUGUGUGGCAACAAUUGUUUCUCUAAGACCACUGCUUGUGUCUUUUAAUAUUGCAUUAACACCCCGCUGAAUGCUUAAGAUCAGCAAACUUGGCACCUGACUGCAACUUAACCUCUUAAAUCCUUUAGAGUCAGGGGGUACUUAAUAUUGCUCACAUUUCCUGUUUGGCUUAAUUUUUGCUAAAUACAUAAUGGAAA